GUGAAGCUGCGACACGCUGGUUUUCGGAUCAACUCGGACCCGAAUCAGUUCGUGCUUGUGGUCUUACCUGUGCAGUGUGACGUCAUGUCGGUGGUCGGGUGUGUACCUGGGCAGUUUGAUGACGUAGAGGAGAGCAGCGACCAAUCCAAGGCGUCUGCUGUCCGGACUGAGGUCAGUGAUGUCACUCUGCAGCCGCCACAUCAACAGGAGGAGGAGGAGGAGGAGGAGGAGGACUAUGAUGAUGAAGAUGAAGAUGAAGAGUGGGCAUGGCAUUCAGGAGGAAAUCUGACCAAGAGAUACAACAGGAUGUCCCUCAACUGUCAGUCCAACAGACAGAAUCCGUCCAAUAAGAAUCUGCCGUCGUCGACGCCUUCAGACAAAGCUCUGAGGAAAUACGAGCACAAGAUCAACCUGGACAAACUGAACUACGCAGACUCUGUGAUCAAUAAAGUGACGAUGAUGCAGAAACAGAAAGACGCUAACACGUACAGAGUGAAGGACAAAUCAGAUCGAGCCACAGUCGAACAGGUUUUAGAUCCUCGGACUCGGAUGAUUCUGUUUAAGAUGCUGAGUCGUGGAGCGAUCUGUGAAAUCAGCGGCUGCAUCAGCACCGGGAAGGAGGCGAACGUUUAUCACGCCAGCACAUCGGCCGGAGAACGCCGCGCCAUCAAGAUCUACAAGACGUCCAUCCUGCUGUUCAAAGACCGAGACAAAUACGUCAGUGGAGAGUUUCGGUUCCGUCACGGUUACUGCAAAGGGAACCCCAGGAAGAUGGUGAGGACCUGGGCGGAGAAGGAGAUGAGGAACCUCAUCAGGCUGCAGACGGCAGGAAUCCCGAGUCCAGAACCUCUGCUGCUCAGGAGUCACGUUCUGCUGAUGAGCUUCAUUGGAACAGACGACACGCCGGCUCCUCUGCUGAAGAACGCUUCGUUCUCGGAGUCGAAGGCUCGUGAGCUCUACCUGCAGGUUCUACAGAACAUGAGGAAGAUGUUCCAAGAAGCUCGACUCGUCCACGCCGACCUCAGCGAGUUCAACAUGCUGUACCACGACGGAGACGCUUACAUCAUCGACGUGUCGCAGUCGGUGGAACACGAUCAUCCUCACGCUCUGGAGUUCCUCAGGAAGGACUGCAGCAACGUGAACGAGUUCUUUGGGAGGCGCGGCGUGGCGGUGAUGACGGUCAGAGAGCUGUUCGACUUCAUCACCGACCUGUCCAUCACCUGGCACAACAUGGACCAGUACCUGGAGAAGGCGAUGGUGAUCGCGUCCGAGCGGACGUGCGACCAGCGCUCGGAUCAGGACCGAGUCAACGAGGAGGUGUUUAAGAACACGUUCAUCCCGCGCACGCUGACGGACGUGAGUCACUACGAGCGAGACGUGGAGCUGAUGAGGGCGACGGAGGACGAGUCGGGGGUCAGCCAUCACCACAACAUCUUGUAUCAGACGCUCACUGGACUGAAGAAGGAUCUGUCAGGAGUUCAGACGGUUCCUGCUCUCCUGGAGGACAAGCAUUCAUCAUCAUCAUCAUCCUCCUCUUCUUCUUCUGAUGAGGAGGAGGAGAAGGCGGAGGAGGAGGAGGAGGAGGAGACAGCUGGCCAGGAGAAGAAGGAGGAAACUCCGAUGGACAAAAAGGAGAAGAAGAAGACGGUGAAAGAAGCUCAGAGAGAAAAAAGAAAAAACAAGGUCCCUAAACACGUGAAGAAGAGGAAGGAGAAGGUCACCAAGAUGAAGCAUAGCAGAUGAAUUCCUGUGUGUCAACACGACAACUCUCCCAACACACACGCCAAUCACAGCUCGACUCUCUCUCAGCUCGACGCCCACUUCCUCAGCCGAACGCUCUGGAAGAAGCUGCGGCUCUGAUUGGUUUAACCACGAGCUGAUGACAUCACCACCUGCAGCAGGUGUGAACCUGCUCCUCAGUCGGUCGCCAUCACACACAACUGAUUAAACAUCCAUAACUUUGAAUCAGAUUUUUCUUCUGCUGCUGAUGUCGUCAUAACGACAUCGUGACUCUACGAACCACGUUACGUUAGGAAGGCGUGUCCAGUGUGGGGGUGGAGCCACAGAAGCUGUGUUCACAAAUCUGACUGACUCUGGGUCAAAGGUCAUAGAAAGAAUCUGCAACGUAAACAUGAAAUAAAACGUUUUGUUCUUGUGAUUCUGACUUUUUAUCAGAAA